AUGGAGGCUGUUUUCGGGCAAGUGGCCCGGUCGGCCUGUCCCCGGAGAGGCGGUGAAAGCAGAGACUGGAAGGCAGAGAGCCUUGCCGACCUGUGGCUGAAGAGCUCUCUGGGAGACAGCCACCGGUGGUGCAAAGGUCCUGGGGUCGGCCCAGCCGGGCCGCAGCUCCGGGAGGCUGCGCGAGAGAGCAGUGGGCCGGGCGGUGGCGGCCGGCGCCCGAGCCGGAGCCCGGCGAUUGCCUUACAAGACAUGCUGCUGCUGAAGAAACACACGGAGGACAUCAGCAGCGUCUAUGAGAUCCGCGAGAGGCUCGGCUCGGGUGCCUUCUCCGAGGUUGUGCUGGCCCAGGAGCGGGGCUCCGCACACCUCGUGGCCCUCAAGUGCAUCCCCAAGAAGGCCCUCCGGGGCAAGGAGGCCCUGGUGGAGAACGAGAUCGCAGUGCUCCGUAGGAUCAGUCACCCCAACAUUGUCGCUCUGGAGGAUGUCCACGAGAGCCCUUCCCACCUCUACCUGGCCAUGGAACUGGUGACGGGUGGCGAGCUGUUUGACCGCAUCAUGGAGCGCGGCUCCUACACAGAGAAGGAUGCCAGCCAUCUGGUGGGUCAGGUCCUCGGCGCCGUCUCCUACCUGCACAGCCUGGGGAUCGUGCACCGGGACCUCAAGCCCGAAAACCUCCUGUAUGCCACGCCCUUUGAGGACUCAAAGAUCAUGGUCUCUGACUUUGGACUCUCCAAAAUCCAGGCUGGCAACAUGCUAGGCACCGCCUGUGGGACCCCCGGAUAUGUGGCCCCAGAGCUCUUGGAGCAGAAACCCUACGGGAAGGCCGUAGAUGUGUGGGCACUGGGCGUCAUCUCCUACAUCCUGCUGUGUGGGUAUCCCCCCUUCUACGACGAGAGCGACCCUGAACUCUUCAACCAGAUCCUGAGGGCCAGCUAUGAGUUUGACUCUCCUUUCUGGGAUGACAUCUCAGAAUCAGCCAAAGACUUCAUCCGGCACCUUCUGGAGCGAGACCCCCAGAAGAGGUUCACCUGCCAGCAGGCCUUGCAGCAUCUUUGGAUCUCUGGGGACACAGCCUUCGACAGGAACAUCUUGGGCUCUGUCAGUGAGCAGAUCCAGAAGAACUUUGCUCGGAUGCACUGGAAGCGAGCCUUCAAUGCCACCUCAUUCCUGCGCCACAUCCGGAAGCUGGGGCAGAGCCCAGAGGCUGAGGGGGCCUCUGAGCAGGGCCUGGCCCGCCACAGCCACUCAGGCCUCCAUGCUGGCCAGCCCCCCAAGUGGUGA